AUGACAGCUGACUGGGCGCCUGGCUCUUGGGUCUCCAAACCCAUCAAGCAGGAUGUUGCUUAUGAUGAUGCUGAGGGUGUCAAUGCCGCGCUGGCCAAAUUACAAAAGCUACCCCCACUAGUCACCACGCAAGAAAUUGUCAGCUUGAAGAAGCACUUGAAAAAUGUUGCCCUCGGCAAGGCCUUUGUCCUCCAAGGAGGUACGAUCCCCUCUGCGUCUCACUUUCAGAAGCCACCCCUGACCGCAUCUCGUAAUGCAGGAGACUGCGCCGAACUCUUCGACUACUGUAACCAAGACAUGAUCGAAGCCAAAGUCAAGCUCCUCCUACAGAUGAGCUUGGUUCUAAUCUGGGGUACAUACGCACUGGCUUUCCCUCAUCGACGCGCACAUCUAACAAACCAUCAACAGGCGCAAAUCGACCCGUCGUCCGGAUUGCGCGAAUUGCAGGCCAAUUCGCCAAGUGCGUCUCUCUCUACCCCAAUCCCUGUCUACCCUCCCGCUCACAAGAUUGACAGACCACGAUCGAGUCCCAUGGAAGUCGUCAACGGUGUAGAGAUGCCCUCCUUCCGAGGCGACAACAUCAACGGCUUCGCCGCAGACCCCGUAUCCCGCAAACCCGAUCCCUCUCGACUCGUCUCCGCCUACUUCCACUCCGCCGCCACCCUGAACUACAUCCGCGCCUCUCUCUCCUCCGGCCUGGCUGAUCUGCACUCCCCACUCGACUGGGGACUGGGCCAUGUCAUCACGCCAUCGAUUAAAAAGAAGUACGAGCAGAUCGUGGGCCGGGUCAAAGACGCCCUGCGCUUUAUGCACACCGUCGGCAUCGACACUGACCGCGGCGUCGAAACCGUCGACAUCUACACCAGCCACGAGGGCCUCUCCCUCGAAUACGAGCAAAGCCUCACGCGCCUUCUCAAGACCCCCUCCGACACAACCACAUACCCGCCACCAACAAACUACUACGCGACCUCCGCGCACUUCCUCUGGAUCGGUGAUCGCACGCGCCAGCUCGACGGCGCCCACAUCGAGUUCUUCCGCGGCAUCGCCAACCCUAUUGGCAUCAAGAUCGGCCCCAGCAUGGCCCCGGACGAGCUCGUCCGCAUCCUCGACGUUGUCAACCCGGCGCGCGAGAUCGGCAAGGUGACCCUCAUCUCGCGCUACGGCGCGAAAAAGAUCGCCGAUCACCUCCCCGCCCAUAUCGCCGCCGUGCAGGCCUCCGGCCACAUCCCUGUCUGGCAAUGCGACCCCAUGCACGGCAACACGCAGUCCACCCCCACCGGCGUCAAGACGCGCCACUUCAGUGACAUCCUCUCCGAACUGCACCAGGCGUUGGAGAUCCACCGUGCCGCGGGCUCCUUCCUGGGCGGCAUGCACCUCGAACUCACCGGUGAAGCUGUCACCGAGUGUGUAGGCGGCGCGGCCGGUCUGACAGAGGAGGGCUUGGGUGAGCGGUACACGACGUUCUGCGAUCCGCGAUUGAACGAGAAGCAGGCUCUUGAACUGGCUUUCUUGGUUGCUGGUUUCUAUCGCAAAAUGGAUGAAGCUGAUGCGGCUCUCUAG